AUGCCCCAAAAAUGGUUCUUUAUAGUUGCACCAUCAGGGAAGUUAAACCCUGGAAAAAUGAUCCCCAUUAGGCCAAGAAAGUUUCAUAUCCAUAUCAAUGGAGGGAUGCUCUUAUUACUUGGCAAUGGCACUGGUUCAGCUCAUAUAUGGUGGAUCAAACAUCCUCGUAAAAUUCUCCCUUGCAGAAAACUCAAUCCAAUUUUUGGAACCACCAUCCAUCUGAAUGUGUACUACGCUGGUUUAGCGUACACUUCUCCAACAGUUGCAUGUGCCCUGAGUAAUGUUAUUCCCAGCUUGACAUUUCUAAAGGCAGUUCUACUUGGGUUGGAGAAGUUGAAGUUUAGAACUGCUAGAGGUCAAGCUAAGGUGGCUGGCACACUUUUCUGCAUUGGUGGUUCUCUUGUUUUCACUUUCUGGAAAGGAGGAUUCCUAUUUAAAGGUUUUGUAAAGAGGCCACUGAUAAAUAUGUCUGUUGGUGAGAUGAGGCAUGUUAAGGAAAACUGGAUCAAGGGGGCUCUUCUUAUUCUGACGAGUGACAUUGCAUGGAGUGCAUGGCUAAUUCUCCAGGCUGUGGUCUCCAAAGUCUACACUGCUCGAUUAUCGCUAACCACGAUGAUAUGCUUUUUCGCGUCGUUGCAAUCUUCUUUUCUUGAUCUGUUUUUCGCAAGAAAUCCAAUUUCAUGGAGACUGGAGUGGAACCUGCAACUUUCAACCAUCGCCUACUGCGGAGUUGUAAUAUCAGCAUUAGCCUACAACCUGCAAACAUGGUGCAUCAGUUACAAGGGACCAGUUUUUGCAGCUAUGUUUAGUCCACUUCAAGUCAUUAUAGUGGCAUUGUUCUCGGCAAUUUCUUUCGCAGAGCUACUUCACUUUGGCAGUGGUGGUGUGCAGCUUGAUCGGAGUUCAUUAUAUAUACUUGCAAUUGCAAUAACAGUUGGAUAUAUAACACUGUCAUUUCAAUCAUUUGAAACAUGCCAAUGUACCGAUAUGAAGGUUAGCAGGACUGAUUUUGACUUCACUGGGGAAUCCCACCCUAAGACCAGAACUCCACCAGUUUCAAUAGUUCCAUGUAUGGAUCAAAAGGGUGAUCACCAGAUGCUAUAUUAA